AUAUUCAAAAGCUGUACACAAGUGAUGUGGGUGAGUAUGUGUGCUCUCUCUAUAUAAACAACCCAUCUCUCUAUACUUUGUCUUAGCCAUCAAAAGCUGCUUUCUUUCACAUCUAUAAUCCUAAUCAAUAACUUAUCUUCGUAUUCAUCCAAAUUCAACGAGAAAUGGUGCAAAGGACUGCUGCUGUUGGUCUUCUGCUUUUCUUUCUGGGUUUCUCUUUUCUGCUCUCUUCUCUUGCAGUUCCUACUACUAGAAGCCUCAAGUCAACUGAAGAUAACCCAUCAUCGUCAGUCCAAGAUUUUCUGAUUCACCAGGAGGGAAUGGAUUUGAGCAGUCAAGGAGAGGAACUUGAUUUUAUAAUUGCAGGAAGGAUGGACUUGGAAAGCACAGAUUAUCCAGGAACUGGAGCAAACAAUCACCAUGAUCCAAAAACUCCAGGAAGACUUUAAAGAAAUCAGAAAUCCCAAAGAUUUUUAUGCAUGUGCAGAUCAAGAAUUUAAAGAACAAGUACAGUAGUAGCAGUGGGGUUUGGGUUUUUGUGUGUUGCGAAGGGGAUAUUUGGUUUCCUGGAAUAUGCUCUUUAUCUAUUAAUUAAUUAUGUUUAUGAAAUGGGGAUGUGUUGUAUGUUUGUGACUUGUGAGUCUAUUAAUCAAAUUAAUUAAUUAAUGAUCUAACUUUUACUUGAGAUCAA